AUGCACACUCUGAACAUGGCCACAUCAUCAUCCUGUGCAACAAGGGCUUCUACAUUGCCUUCUAAUCUUCCCGUCCUGGUCAGGUCUUUGGCUGGCACUAGCUGCUUCUCUACUAUGAAGCACCGAGCACACAUGGAUGGAGAUGUGAUAAUUGCGGGAUUUUUCCCUCUCAAAACUUUGGGAAAAGAUCAUAGUAAGAGUGAAGAUUCCAGGCAAGAGGAACACACACCGAUCUUCAAGAACUAUCAGUUUGUUUUGGCUUUGGUUUUUGCUGUUGAGGAAAUCAACAAAAAUCCUGUUCUUUUACAUAACAUGACUCUGGGACUUGAUAUCUAUGAUGUUGAAUUCAGAGCUUGGACAAUGUUUAAGAAUCCCUUCAUUUGGCUCUUUGGAAAAUACAAGAUUCCAAACUACUCUUGUAUGAGAGACAGGAGGUCUACAGCAGUACUAACAGGACCAUCAGGAAUAACAUCUAACCAGAUUGGGACAUUGUUGGGACUCUACAGAUUUCCACAGUUUACCUUUGGGUCUUUUGAUCAUACCCUGAGUGACCAUAACAAGUUUCCUGCUCUCUAUCAGAUGGCCCCAAAAGACACAUCAAUGGUCAUAGCCAUUGUCUCUUUACUGCUGCACUUCAACUGGAACUGGGUGGGGCUGUUGACCUCACAGGAUGAGAAUGGUUCCUGGUUUCUGGCUGAAUUAAAAGAAGAAAUGGCCAAAAACAGAGUUUGUGUAGCCUAUGAGCUAGUUGUCUCAACCCAAGACCUGUCACAUUUAUUCAGAGUGAUGGCAGUUUAUAACAAGAUCAAUAAUUCUUCAGCAAGUGUCCUCAUCAUAUAUGGUGAUAAAGAUUCCCUAAUAUCUAUAAUAAUAAGUCUUGAGCAAAUUUUAAUGCAAGGCAAAGUUUGUGUCAUGAAUCUACAGUGGGAUUUCACCAUGAAAACGAGAUAUUUCAUGCUAGGCUCAUUGCAUGUACCUCUUAUUUUUACACACCAUCAUGCAGAUGUUUCUGGAUUCACAGAUUUUGUCAAGGCAGUUAAUCCUUCCAAAUACCCAGAAGACAUUUUUCUUGCGAGGCUGUGGUUUCUGUCAUUUAAUUGCUCAGAUGCUGAGUCUGACUGUGUAACAUGGGACAACUGCCCUCAUGACGCCUCUUUGGAUUGGUUGCAUGGGCAUAUUUUUGACAUGACUAUGUCUGGAUACAGUUAUAAUAUAUACAAAACUGUGUAUGCUGUAGCCCAGGCUCUCGAUGAGAUGCUUCUUCUUCAAACGGAAUUUCACACAGUGGGAAAUAGGAAAGGAACAGUGCCUUCCCCUGCACAGCUGCACUUUUUCCUGAGAAAUAUCCAAUAUUACAAUCCGGCUGGAGAUCAAGUGAUUUGGGAUGAGAAAAGCAAAUUGGAGCCAGAGUAUGACGUUCUGAAUAUUUGGAACUUUCCAGAAGGCCUUGAACUUGCAGUGAAAGUAGGAAAGUUUUCUCCAUAUGCUCUACAUGGCAAUCAACUGUCUUUAUCUGAAGAUUUGUUAGAGUGGGCCAUAGGAACUACAGAGACUCCUCACUCUAUCUGCAGUGAGAGUUGUGGUCCUGGAUUCAGAACAUCUCGUCACGAGGAAAAGGCAUCUUGUUGCUUUGACUGUACUCCUUGCCCAGAGAAUGAGAUUGCUAAUGUCACAGAUAUGGAGCAUUGUGUGAAGUGUCCAGAUCAUCAGUAUGCCAACACACAGAGAAACCAGUGCGUCCUGAAAGCUGCAAGUUUCCUGGCUUUUGGAGAUCCCUUGGGCAUGGCUCUGGCAUGCAUGGCUCUUUGCUUCUCUAUGCUAACUAUUGUUGUUCUUGGAGUGUUUGUGAAACACAAAGACAGUGCCAUUGUCAAGGCCAAUAACCAGACUCUCAGCUACAUCUUGCUCAUCUCCCUCAUUUUCUGUUUCCUCUGUUCCUUGCUCUUUCUUGGCCAUCCCAACACAGUCACCUGCAUCCUACAGCAGAUCACAUUUGCGGUUGUGUUCACUGUGGCUGUUUCCACAGUGUUGGCUAAAACGGUGACUGUGGUUCUGGCCUUCAAGGCCACUUCUCCAGGGAGAAGGAUGAGGUGGUUGCUGAUAUCUGGGGCUCCUAACUUCAUCAUCCCCAUCUGCACUUUGAUCCAGGUGACCCUCUGUGGACUCUGGCUGGGAACCUCACCUCCCUUCAUUGACACAGAUCCAUACUCUGAACAUGGCCAUGUCAUCAUUCUGUGCAACAAGGGCUCCAUCACUGCCUUCUACUGUGUCCUGGGAUACUUGGGUUCCCUGGCCAUUGCCAGCUUCACUGUGGCUUUUCUGGCGAAGAACCUGCCUGACACCUUCAAUGAAGCCAAGUUCCUGACCUUCAGCAUGCUGGUGUUCUGCAGUGUGUGGCUCACCUUCCUGCCUGUCUACCACAGUGCCAAGGGGAAAGUCAUGGUGGCAGUGGAGGUCUUCUCCAUCUUGGCCUCUAGUGUAGGGCUUCUAGGCUGCAUAUUUGUUCCAAAGUGCUACAACAUCUUGCUAAUUCCAAUUAAAAAUUCUCCAUAUUGUUUUAGGGAUAAAAGACAUAUUAGGAGAAAUAUGCAUUGUUAUGAUUAA